AUGUCGUUUUAUGUCGUCGCUGGUGCUGGCGUUGUAGGGCUUACUACUGCACUGGAACUGAAAGACCGCUAUCCAAGUGCAAAUGUUACAAUAGCAGCCAAGUAUCUACCGGGCGAUUCCUUUGCAGACUACGCGUCUAAUUGGGGAGGUGCGAAUUGGUUUCCUGCCUCGGCAGACAACGGCCGACAGGAGAAAUGGGACUCUAUCACAUACAAGAAGUUUAAACAACUUUCUCGAUUGAGGCCUGACUCUGGUGUCAGGGCCAUGAAUAUUCGCUUCCAUUAUGACCGGCCGAUAGAAGAGGUCGGGAUCAUUACGCCUUCUACGGGAAAAAUCUGGUUUGAGGAUCUUGUUGGGGGGUUGAAACCAAUCGAGAAAGAUGAACUUCCUGACGGUGCAGCUUUUGGAUUUGAGAUGGCCUCAUUUGUUCUUGAUGUUCAGCGAUACCUUCCCUGGUUACAGAUGGAAGCUCAGUCUCGUGGAAUUGAAGUACAUCGAAAGAUAUUCACUGACAUUCGUGAGGUUUUCAGUAUAUAUCCUGAGGUAUCGGUGGUGUUCAAUUGCACUGGACUGGGGUCACUUACACUCGGUGGCGUUGAGGACCAGAUGCUAUAUCCUGCGAGGGGUCAAAUUAUGCUCGUCGAAGGCCCACAAGAACCAAUCCCCACAAUGUACUUCCAGGCUCCACAUCGAGAUGCAGAUGCAACCCAUAUCUUUCCACGGGGUAGAGAUGGAAUGGGUGGUGUGAUAUUGGGUGGGUGUCGAGAAAAGAACAACUGGGAUGGAGAAGUCGAUAUGGAAUUUGCGGAGAUCAUUAAGCGAAAAUGCUGCGCCCUAGUACCUCAGCUUGGAAAGCCCGAAGACCUCAAGAUAAUUAAGCACGGUGUCGGACUUCGUCCCAGCCGAAAAGGCGGUGCAAGGGUGGAACGUGAGUACAUUGAUGGCAAGCUUGUUAUCCAUAAUUACGGGGCCGGUGGUACUGGAUUUCAGGCAUCUUGGGGUCUGGCUCUAGAAGCUGUCGACCUGAUUUCCGAACGGGCCAGACUAUAA